GGUUAGAUGAUGUGUUCAGAAUAGAGGCAAAUUUGAUAGAUAUGUUUCAUUCAAUAUUUUUUAAGAUAAUAGAAGAAGUUUAAAGAAUUGAAAGGGCCUUUCGAUACUACUGGAAGAGCAACAAAGUAUUAAAAUGUUUUUAAGCUGAAAAUGCUUUAAUUUUUCGAUGCAAAAGUACAUCAAAAUGGAUAUAAAACAAAAAAUUAUACAAAGAUUCAACGCACAACUAGGAUCUGACAUAAAAAAUCUUCAAGAAAUCUACGAUUUCCAUGAAAAUCUCAAGGCAGAGAAAGAUGAAAUUGAAAAAUCUUUAUCAAUGGCAUCAACCGCUGCUCCCUCCAAAGUAAAAGCAGUAGUUGAAAGUGUGGAACAUAUCAAAGAUGAAGCUGAUCAUUUGCAACAAAUUUCCAUAGACCUCAAUAAGAAGAUCAAAGAGGCAUUUAGUGAAAAUGACAGAAAUUUGGAAUUACAGGAAAUUAUUGAUAAGAUUGGUCAAUUAGACAAAUCAUUAUCUUAUCUAUACUUCAUAAAAUAUAUUGAAAAUAUCAGUGACGAGAUGGAGACAUUUCUGUCAUCAGGUGACGAUGAUUCAUUGAUAACUUUAUAUACAAGCUUGACAGAAGUCAGCUGUCAACUACAAACAUCUGCCUGUCAUCAUUUGGUUAAUUAUGUUCAUGAAACGCUACACUUUUGGCAUAAUCUAAUCAAGGAAAAGUUAUCGAAGGAAUACAAUGAUCUGUUGAAGACACUAAAAUGGCCUUUCUGUGGCACUAAUGCUAGUUCAAUGAGCCCACCCUUGCCAGAAAUGAUGACAAGAUUUAAGAUGCUCACUGAGUAUCUUUUUCAUUUGCAACUACCAGAAGAAACAAUAAAGCCUGUAGUAAAAUCUGUACUGUUAACAGAUUUUGCGCCAAUUAGCUUGCCGAUCACUUAUCUGGUGCGUCCCCUCAGACAGAGGUUCGUCUACCACUUCACAGGAUCUAAACUGACAAACCGCCAGGAUAAGCCAGAAUGGUUUUUUACGCAGAUAUUAAGGUGGAUUAAGGAUCAUGUACAGUGGGUGCAGAAGAACAUCCAGCCUGUGGCGGAUGCUAUAGGUUUCGGGCAUUUGGAUAUAAAGGUCGAAUUCAUGCGCGCCCUGGUUCAGUUAGCCGUCGAGAAGCUUCAUUCCGAAUUACCCUUGGUACAGUACGACGACACUUUAUUCGCGCAUUUAGUGGACGAAGCUUUGGGAUUUGAACGAGAAUUACGAGAGACUCUGCUGUAUCCUCCAACACAACCCACCACUAUCUUCGUUUUAACACAAGCGCAAGUUUUCGUAAAAUGGAUCAACAUAGAGAAGAAAUAUGCAACGGAGAAAAUGGACGCAAUAUUGAGCUCGAACACAGCGUGGGAAAGGCUGGCAGGUCCUGACACGGAUGACAUGAAAGUCACUGAAUGCGCAGACGCUUUCCUCACGCUUCUCACCACGAUCUCUGACAGAUAUAAACAUUUACCACAGCCUGGACACAGAUUGCAGUUUCUUGAGCUGCAGUUGGAAUUGAUUGACGACUGGAGAGUGCGAUUGCUACAACUAUUACAUGAAAAUUACGAAGAUCCAUUGACCUCGCUCAUGCCGCACAUUCUCAAUACGUUACAUUAUGUCGCAACCGUUUUGGAGGAAUGGGGCAUAACAGUCCACUUCCUGCAGCUAUAUUUCUUCAAGAAACAAUUCGAAGCCGUAGAGAAUGCUACCGACAGAGGCAAUGACGUCAGCGAAAGCAUCGGAGAAGUGGAAGGCACUGUGUUUGACGAAGCUGUCGGUCUCUUACAACGGUUAGAGAAAGAAUUAAUAAGUGAAAUCAGCGACUCGGUGGCUCUAGACGUAAAGGCAAAAAGUAGAGCUUACAGGACUGAUAAGUGGUUUGCGAUGCAGUCUUCCAAAGAAGUUGCUUCAUUAUCGGUAACGCCAAGCGGCUGUCCCAUGUUCCAAGAGUUGGCCACACGUCUUCACAUAUUGCACAAUGCUCUCGCUCUACCAUUGUUCCGUCAAGCUUGGAAGAGUUUAGCUGCUCAAUUUGAUCAAUUUCUCUUUGAGGAAGUUGUACUGGUGAAUCAUUUCAACAGCGGCGGUGCUGAACAAUUACAAUACGACAUCUUGCGAAACUUAUUUCCAUUGUUUGGUUUGUAUAUCAGCAAUCCGGAGUCAUUUUUUCCUUUGAUCAAAGAAGCAUGUAUACUCUUAAAUAUUUUAGUGGGUUCAGCUAUGUUGCUUCAAGAGGCACUAAGUAAUAAUAGUGAUAAAACUGCGUCGGCAGAAAUUUUAGCGGACGUCGGUGUGCACAAAAUGUCCCCCGAGCUUGCUUUGAAAGUGAUAGCGACGAGAACGGAUAUUAUACAUGUGUAGAGAAUUUUCUCCUUGCAUACAUACAUAUAUGUGUGUGUGUGUAUGUGUGUGUGUAAAAAUGGAAUUUAUUGUACAGUAGUGAAUUCACCAUGCGUUCUGUAUUACACACUGUAUAUAUAAAUAAUUAAAAUAAUUUUCUACUUA